GGCGGGCUCGACGUUACCACGGCACGACCAACGGCGCUAUAAAGCCAAUAACAUGGUGCUUCAGCGACUCGUGUUUACGCUGAGAAAAGAGAAUCGAAAGUCGCUGGAAAUCUUUUGAAUCGAUUUAUUUUGUUUUCGAAAUUGCACAGAGGCCUUGUUUUAGAGUAGUUCUUUUAACAUUAACUUUGCAUUUUUGGUAUGGGAUUGCCCAUCUAACGUACUAGCUGAUGUGCCACUUGUCCCAAUGGAAAGGGGGCUUCGGUUUGGAAUCGCGGGCAUAUCCCUUGUGCUUCUGUUGAUUUUAAAAGGUGUAACGGGGACUUUGCAAACGAGCUCCCUCUCCGGGAGAAAUCUGGAGGCCCCGGUGGCGGGAGAUGGAGCUGUUAUGGAGCGGCUGGAGAGCUCCGGAUCCCCGGGUACUGGAACAGGAGACGUGACGGUGGAGGACGAGAGCGGGGCGGCUGGAGGAGAAGGCGAGGAACCCUCUGGAGACAACGACAAAAACUUCCCUCAUAACAGACGGAGCCUGGUGAUCAUCAGCACUCUGGAUGGAAGGAUCGCAGCUCUGGACCCUCUGAAUCAGGGUCGUAAGCAGUGGGACCUGGAUGUAGGCUCUGGCUGCCUGGUGUCAUCCAGCCUCAGCAAACCAGAGGUGUUUGGUGAUAAGAUGUUCAUCCCUUCUUUGGAUGGGGCGUUGUUUCAGUGGAACAGGGACCGGGAGAGUAUGGAGGCUGUCCCCUUUAGUGUGGAGUCCCUGCUGGACUCAUCUUACCGGGUUGGAGAGGACACUGUACUGGUGGGAGGAAAAUCCCUCACAACCUACGGCCUGGGAGCCUACAGCGGCAAGUUGAAGUAUAUUUGUUCAGCGGUGGGCUGUAGUCGCUGGGGAGAGGAGGAGACAGAGCCAGAGGACAUGCUUUUGCUGCAGAGGACCCAGAAAACUGUCAGGGCUGUGACCCCUCGCAGCGGCUUUGAGAAGUGGAACUUCAGUGUGGGGAACUUUGAGCUAAAGUUUGUUCCAGAGGCGCAGUCUCAGUUCGGCUUUUUGGAGGGAGAAACGGGCAACAAGGAGGUUUGGCGUGAAGACCGACAUGAUGGGCCACGUGUGAUUCUAGAGGAGGCAGAAGCACAUGCUCAAAACCAUGCUAACGCACACAUUCAAGCAGAUGGCCUGAACCUGGUGAUCAAAGUGUCUGUCCCAGACUGGAAGGUUAUGGCCUUUAGCAGUGAGCCUGGAGGACAGCUCAUCUGGGAGCAUCAGUUCUGUACACCUAUCGCCUCAGCCUGGUUGGUUGGAGGGGGGAAAGUUACACCCAUCAGUCUGUUUGAUGACACUACCUACAACACCCAUCCAGAGCACGAGCCUCGGGAGGAGGAUGAUGACCUCAUGGAGGAGGCACGCGGGGCCACAGAAUCCAGUGUAUACCUGGGUAUGUUUCAGGGUCAGCUAUAUCUGCAGUCAUCAGUCAGAAUGUCUGAGAAGUUUCCCUCUAAAGCCAAAGCCCUGGAUGGCCGCGGCUCCAGCAGAGAAAUCAUCCCCCCUCCUACUGUCAAAUGGAAGCCACUAAUUCACUCACCUUCUCGUACUCCAGUGUUGGUGGGUUCUGAAGAGUUUGAUAAGUGUUUGAACAAUGACAAAUUUUCCUAUGAAGAGUACAGCAAUGGAGCUCUGUCGGUCCUACAGUACCCUCAUGAUAACGGAUACUACUUCCCAUACAAUUCUCAGUACCGUGGUCGGCGGCAAGUGACUGCGGUGAGUGUGUUGCAUACAAAAGGGGGUGGAGAUACCCGAACGAGGAGGAAGGACCCUGUACUGCUGUUGCCAUGGUGGAAGGAGAUUUUGGGCACCAUCAUAUUUUGCAUUGCAACUACUACAUACAUUGUCCGCAAGUUCUUCCACCCCCAGACAGUACAAAUACGGCAGCGGAAAGAGUCCGAGACGCAGUGUCAAACAGACAGCAAGUUUGAGCUGGACGUCCCUGAACCCAGAGAGAUCAUCACAGACACCCGCCCCAGUGAAUACGUGUCCAGAUACCUGACAGACUUUGAGCCAGUGCAGUGUUUGGGCCGUGGUGGAUUUGGAGUUGUUUUUGAGGCACGGAACAAAGUGGAUGACUGCAAUUACGCCAUCAAGAGAAUCCGCCUACCCAACAGGGAGGUGGCCCGUGAGAAGGUGAUGCGGGAGGUGAAGGCAUUGGCCAAGCUGGAGCACCCAGGUAUCAUCCGUUAUUUCAACGCCUGGCAAGAGAGCCCGCCUCAGGGCUGGCAGGAGGAAAUGGACCAACGCUGGCUUAAAGAUGCCAGUGCUACUGACUGGCCGCUCAGCUCUCCUGACCAUAUGGAGGCGUUCUCUGUGAAGGUCCCCGUGUCCACCCCAUCUCCGUUGGACUCUCCAUGUGUAUGUGCAGUCGGCAGUGACGAGAGUCUGCUCAUUCAGGAUCAUGUGUGUGUGGAGGGUCUGGGGCCAGACAGUAUGAUGUCAGAUCGGGACAGUCCUGCUGACCCUGACCUAGAGCUCUCUGAAUCCCCACACUCCUUUGAGCUCUGCCCUCCCCGGCCUGUUGCCCACGGUGACUGUACCUCCUCCUCCUUCGACAUUGUAUUUGAGGACUCGGGCUGCGAUCAGCGUGACAACGACACUGAUAGCCAAACCAUGCCCGUUCAGACCACGUGCCCCUCCCACUCUAGCUCUAAAUCUCACCCUGUUGCUUCUUCAUGCCCCUCCUCUUCCUCUCCCCCUCGGCCCACGUCUCUGAAUCUGCCGCCCUGUCCUCCCACCCCCACUGCUCGGCCGCCCCUCACACCUAAAGUCUACUUGUACAUCCAGAUGCAGCUGUGCAGGAAGGAGAACUUGAAGGACUGGAUGGCCCAGCGCUCUCAGCCUGAGCUCAGGGAGCACCGGCAGUGUCUCGCCAUCUUCCUGCAGAUUGCAGAGGCUGUGGAUUUCAUCCACAGCAAGGGACUCAUGCACCGAGACUUGAAGCCCUCUAAUAUCUUCUUCACACUGGAUGAUGUAGUGAAAGUAGGGGACUUUGGGCUGGUUACAGCUAUGGACCAGGAAGAAGAGGAUGAUGAGGUACUGAGUACCCUUACGCCAAUGCCAGUCUAUGCUCGCCAUACUGGCCAAGUGGGCACCAAACUCUACAUGAGCCCAGAACAGUUGUCAGGGAACUCAUAUUCUCAUAAAGUGGAUAUUUACUCUCUGGGGCUAAUUCUGUUUGAGCUGCUCUACUCGUUUCGCACACAGAUGGAGAGAGUCAGGACUCUCACUGAAGUCCGGUCCCUGCAGUUCCCUGCUCCAUUUUACAAACACAACGUUCAAGAGGCUCAGAUGGUGCGCUGUAUGCUGUCCUGUGUGCCCGCAGAGCGGCCCGAGGCAUCUGACAUCACGGAGGCUCCACUGUUCCAGGAGCUGGAGGUGCCGUGCAGAAUCAGACAGCGCUCUCGAACAUACAGUGCGUCAUCCACUGGCCGGCCGUCACGACAGAGCUCAGGCUCCAGCUAAAACAUGCAAAAACGCAGACAUCUCAUACAAUGCUCUUUCUCAACAAACAACCUAAUUCUGAGAUACAUCAGGUCUUGUCCACACUUGUCCUUACAGUUUACGCACACUAAUCUUUUUUUCCCCCCAUUUUCUGUGGCCAGUAGAAAAACUGAGACUUCUCAGCUUCUCAGUCAUUCCGUUUUCUGCCGAAUGUAUGCCUUUAGCGUCUCUCAGGCACUCACUCCAAAUCCAAACUCGCUCUGCCCUUGCUCGUCCACCUCACUACCUUCACUUUGCCUCACUGCCGUCCUGUACGACUUCACUCAGGAGAGAAGAUUCGAACUGAACUGCUGGACUCCUUGACCAGCUCUCCAGCUCUGUCUCUGAAGCUCCAUGAUGCACGCAUUACCAUCUUUACCUCAGUUACUCUUUAUCUCAUACUGUACACAUUCAUGUGGAAUUGGCUGAGCUGGUUAUUGAGGAAGUGGAGCGUUUCUCAGAACUGAUGAAUGCUGAAUAAUAAGCUGCCUUGGACCGCUGUUCGCUCAGCAUGUCUUAAAGUGGAAGCCAUGCAGGACCUGCUUCCUUUGAACUAAAACAAUGACUGAUCGAUUUGAGAUGGUUCUCUCUGAAUCAUUGUCCAUUGUAAAUAGACUUAAGCUCCAAGUGAAGCUUGAUAAUGGUUGGAGACUGAAUGCACAGUGUGUUAGGCACAGUAGCUGUUCGCAGGCACAUUGGAACAGCUUAGCAAUGAUGUAGUUGACAAAUCUGUGGACUUGAAGCAAAUUUGUCCCUCAGAAGUGUGAAGUGGGACCGGAUACAGACUUAAUACCAAGCAUGUUUUUUCUAGGAUGAAAGAGGUAUGAUUGAAUUGAUUCCUUUCAGACUUAAUGAGUGACUUAAUCAAAGCAAGAGAUUUUUGAGACUUUGGAUGUAAAGAUCAUAAUGUAAAAUACUUAAUUUCAUGAAUACUAGAAAAACGGGUUUAUGUACUGUAUAUCAUAGUGAAUUUCUCUUUAGGUCAUACGAAUGAGAGUAUAUGGAAGCGAUUGACUCUCAACAGCAAGUGCUUUGAACAGACAUGGAGAUGUAGGAUGAGAUACAGCAAGAGGAAUCACCAAAUAUGUGACAAUUGUAACAUAUAUGAAGUAAUAAUUCAUUCUAAGGGUUUUUCCCCCCUCUUCAAAAGGGGUUUGAUUAAUGGGGACUGUUUUCUUUGAUGCCAUUUUCUCUGACUGCUCCUGCACAAAAUGACCCUUAGAGGGAUAUUCUGAUUCAAAAAUUCUGCAUAAAUGUAUAGUUGAGAUGUAAGUGAAGUUUCAGAGUGGCUUUAUGCAAAGUGGCUUAUUUUGAAGAAACUUGCUUAGAAAAUGUGGUGUUUCUUUACAGUAGUGGUGAUGGAACCAGGGAGUAUUGAUGUCUACAAUUCAAAUAUAACCAUUUUAUUUAUUAUGCAAAAUGACCUGUGAAACCUAUGGGUCUUCUGAGUUUCUAUAUAUAUUUUUGAUAGUGAUAAAAUAGUCAUAAAUCUUAAAGGAUUUUGAUGAUUAUUUUGCCUUGGCUGUGCCUCUCUGCCUUGAAUUGAGCUUUAAGAAAAUGUAUUAAGCCAAAAUUUCAAAACUAUAUCAUAUAUCUGGCAACCAUUUCAUGUAAUAACUUUUUACGAAGGAGCUUUUAGAGUAGGGGUACACAAUUUGGGUCCUAGAGGGCUGGUGUCUAGCACAGUUUGAUUGACUGUGACUGCUAAGACACAGCAGAUUGCAUUUAUCGGUUAGUUGGCAGGUUAAGUGGGUGUGUUUUGAGUAGGGAAACCUCCAAACUGCUGGACACUGGCCCCCCAAGACCGGAGUUGUGCACCCCUGUUUUAGAGGCUCUUUAGAUCAGUGGUCUUCAGUCUUGGUGCAGGAGAGCUUCCUUCCUCCAGAGCCUGGUUCCAACCUUACGUAACUCUAAUAUAUCCCAUCCUUCCAAUCAGACACUUGGGAAAAGGUUGAUUUAGCUGGAGCAGGGGUGGCGAAUUUUGGUUGGCACUAGGCUCUGCAGGAAAGUACCUCGCCAGGACCAGGGUUGCAGACCACUGCUGUAGAUGUCUGGUUCCCAUCACCACCACUUUGAAAAAUUCUUACUCUAAGUUUCUCCAACAUCUUUUCUGUUUAUUUAUGCCUAGAUUUUUGAACACGUGGUGGAAUUCCCCUUUAAGGAUGAUUUGUGGUAAAAUGACCUCACAACUCAAUUUGGACAACGGCAAUUCACUCAGAGUAUGAAAACUGAGUAGAUCUUUAUGCUUGAUAAUGUAUGUAUAGCUCAGUUUGAACUAGACGUAACAGCACUAGGUGCCUCUGCCCCCUUUAGGAGCAGCAAGUAUGUGUGCAAGAGGAGGUUGGAUUGUGCAUCGUUUUCUGAAUGGACCAAAAUGCUGCAAGAACAACAAGAGAUUAUGACCAGUGACCUUUUUAUCACGCUCAUACAGAACCUAAGCAGGACCCUGGGUCCGUUACUUCAGAUCAGGGACCACUCUGCUAACUCUUCAUCUUUCUCCCUUAUCGUACAGCCUUUGAUUUAUCCUUAUGAGCACAGCUACAGUGUUUCUUCCAUCAAGCAUGCCGGGGGAGGACAAUGGAUAAAGUUCAUUUAGAUUACUGUGUCAGUAUGUGGCCAUAGAGCAAAACUUCUUAUCAAUAUCUUUUUGUCUAAUGAUGUUCCUCAGUCCACAAACUUGCCUGACUCUGAGUGAUUCGUUAGUUAGGAUGACUAACUGUUACAUUGACCCAGUUCACUCAGACAAGCUCGGCCUUUCUUUUUUUCAUUAAAUGUAUCUUUUGUAAUUUCAUGAUUUCUUUCAAACUGCCUUGCAUCAUCUGUUCUCCUACUUGUUCUCAUUCCCGUUCUGAUGCCGUGAUCUGUGGACUUUGCUGGCUUCCCUCUGUAAUCUAUGAUCUACGUCUUUGGGCACAAUCUUCUCUCCAACUGUCAAUGUAAAUAUGUUCUUGUUUUUAUUUAUGUCCUUUCCAGAAUCAAUCCUUUUUUGGGUUGGUGGUGAUAUAUAAGUACAGAAUAUGAAUGCACUUCAUGCAGUGGAGUGUGUUGGAAUAUUGUGACUUCUUACAAGUCAGAAUUUAAUAAACAUUCUAUGACCUUUGUUAAAAA